GCGCCCUCAAGGCAUUCCGCAUGCUUGUAACUCCGCUCUUCGACCCAAGGGAGUUGUCAUGAGUGCGAUUGGAACGGCGACGGCAGUCCUCAUAUAGCUUGGGUUACGCGCGAAUUCGGGUCCCCACUUUCCCUACACUCCUGCAGCCAUUCGAAAUGACGCCGAGCAGAGAUCUUCCCGAGUUUCCUCCCAACUUCAAGGGCGACAUCGUCCUGCGCGGCGAUCCCAGCUAUCCAGAUGCCAUCCGGCGCUGGGCUCGCUCAGCAGAGCGUCAGGCCGCUAUCGUCGCAUACAUUAAGGACUCCGCCGACACCGCCAUCGCCCUCGCGUACGCACGCCAGCAUGGACUACCCAUCGCUAUCAAGGGAGGCGGGCAUAGCUCGGCUGGCGCCUCCUCUGUCGAGGACGGUCUCGUCAUCGACUGCUCCCGGUAUAUGAACUACUGCCACGUCGAUGCGGAGAGGAAGAUCGCGCGCGUCGGCGGAGGCGCGACCUGGGAGACAGUGGACACGGCUGCGUACAAGCAUGGGCUGUCCAUAGUUGGCGGGACCGUCAACGAUACAGGAGUCGCUGGACUUACACUAGGCGGCGGAUUCGGCUUCCUCUCCGGACAGUACGGUUUGGCGAUCGACAAUCUUCUGGAGGUCACCAUAGUCACUGCUGAUGGCAGUACUCUCCUCGCCAGCCCAACCGAGCAUCCAGAUCUGUUCUUCGGCAUCCGGGGCGGGGGGUCCAACUUCGGCGUCGUGACCGAAUUUGUAUUCCGCGCGAACGAUCAGAAGCGCCUUGUCUUCACUGGCCUGGUCACAUUCCCGACCACUGCGUACUCGUCAGUCGUUGAGGCCUUCCAGCAAUACUGGGACGCGCACGACCCCAAAGCGUGUGCGUUUCUGGCUCUCGGCGCCACCGCGAAGAGUGGCAUCCUUUGCAUGCUUUUCUAUGACGGCUCCGAGGAAGAAGGUCGAGCACACUUCAAGACACUGUUUGACAUCGGGCCUUCGUCUGAUCGUGCGAAGGCGACUCCCUACGACGAAGUCAAUGGGAUCCUGGGCAAAGUCUUCCCUCCUGGCCGUUGCGACUAUCAGAAAUCGAUCGCAUGCCCGAUACCCACGGUCCCGCUCGCGAAUGAGCUCAUCCAGAGAAUCGACGAGUUCGACGCCUCCGAGGGCCCGAGUCUCCUCGCCGUCUUCUACGCGUGGCCCCAGCAUGCCAUAGCCGAACAUCGCCAUCAGGAUUGUGCAUUUCGUCACAACCUGUACCCGGAGCUCGUCUUCAUCGCCCAGUACAUGGACAAUACCCCGGACAACAAGGAGGUCGCUCGAGCGAGAGUACGAGAGUUGCAUGGUAUCGUCAGCCGGUCCGAAAUUGUCUCAGGGAUGAGCCUGUCGGAGCGCGCAGGUUACGGUAAUCAUGACGCUGAAGCUGCUUCCUCCGACUUGGAAAGGCGAGCGCAGAGUUCUCGGGAUGCAUUCGGCGAUGUGUAUCCCAGGUUGCAGAAGAUUAAGAAGAUGUAUGACCCAGAUAUGGUGUUUGAUAGAUGGCGGCCCAUCCAACCCGCCUAAUACCCGCCUAAUGAUGGUCCUCAGCUGUACUUCGAUACAUCAACAGAGCUUCGUAUAUCUUGUGGGUCCACCUUG